GGGUCAUUGACUUUAUUCUAAGAUUUCCCAUAAAGGGCCCUUUUUAGUGGCAUGGACUAGGAUCGGCAUGGAGCUGGAGUCUGGAGAUGCUGAUUUGAACGAAGACAUCUCGAUCCAUUUUCGGGCCCUCUGAGAAUGGACAUUGGACAAGUUGACUAAUGUGGUGAAAAAGACAUAAGAUGCAGACAGCACAAGCAUUUUAAGACAAUAUUUAUAGAUUCUCACUCCGUAGUUUUCACAAAUAUAUUAUCAUAAUUAAUACGCAAUCUCUUCACUUAUCCAGCUGAACAAAGUGGCCAAUCUCCUUUCAUUCACUACCUCGAAACCAUAACCCGUCCCAACAAUGACAUAGAAAACACCCGAGCUGGCACAUCUGCUUAUGCCGCUCGGCGCCCGGGAUAAGAUUAUCUGCCGCGAAGAAAGUUCCACGGUGGCUGGCGGUCGGUUUUCACUCCUCGGUCGGGUCGCAGGGGUGGUCAGCGCUCGUGACGAGGCGGCCCGUGCACGGCCCGUGACCGGCGCCUGCGGCACGGGCGAUGGCAGAGGCAGGCAGGCAGCAGUGUCGUGGAUGAGCUCGGAGCAGUAACGCCAGAGCGGAGUGGAGGCGGAGACGUGCGCCGGUGUGAGUGUGAGCUAGCGGACGUAGCGAGAGGCUACGGGGCGACUGGGCUGUGCUAAGCUUAGCAGACGUGUGCUGACGUGCUCGACGGACAACGGAAUCGUUGAAUUCUAUAGGAAAUCGGUGAGACGCGAGCCUGACGAAUCCAACACCGAAAACGGCGAGUGGUGCGCCCGAUUGCUACUUCGCCAAGCCGCGGUUUCUAACCUUCAGAACGCGUCCACGCUCAGAGCAGCGACCUGUCGCAGCCGUCGGUCCACUACAUCUCCACUCCGACCGGCAGAGCAGCUCGCGCCGGGUCAGGGAGAGCCAUGGUCCCCAGCUCCGCCGGCCGGCGAUGGCGAUAGCAGGGCGGUGCAGAGUCCCGCUCCUGCUGUCCUUCCAGCUGACCCUCCUGCUGACCGCGGCGACCGUCAGCGGCCUCCCUGAGUGGCACUACCAGCGUCAUGUGGACAUGUACCGCGCCCGGUACCACCAGCGGACCACAACCGCACCGUGGUCGGACACGGACGGAUUCCGUGGGAUCUCCAGGUAUGACCUGCCGCAGCGCAGCAUCACACCACCGCACCUCAGUAGCGGCCCGUCGGAGACGAGCGUCGGACAGAAUCACCGCUACAGCGCUCCACAGGGAUCAAAGCGAUGGAAGCCACACGAGAGCAGGGCCAGGUGGCGGCGGCAGCGACCGCACCCAUCCCACCAGCGGCAUUACCACGAGCGGAGUCCUGCUCACUACAUACGAGACCAGCAGGCCUCCAGCAGUCGUCGGGCUGACACACAGCCCGUGUGGCUGGAUGACACUUCCUCCAGCAAUCGCCGGGCAGACGCGGAACCCGUGUGGCUGGAGGACACUGCCCCGUCCCAGGACAGCGAGCCUGCACGACAGUACCUUCAGAGACCGCAUAGCGCCGCGGAGAGCGCUGGAGCUCAGCACAGCCGUCUGCUCAAUGGCGAGAUCUCGGUGGAAAUCGGCCAGAGUAGUCGGAAUUUUAGUGUCAGAGACGGUGUGGUGGUCGGAGCUGAGCAUGUAAAACUGUGGCGAAUCGGCGGCGGCGACACCGCGGAACUCAGUGAGAAAGGCGGGCGGCUGUGGUCCAACAAUGGAACGGCAUUAUUUAGACGAGAUGACUUUAGUGAUGGUGGAGUGAUAAGCAAUGAAAUCGGCGAUUUCAGCUCGCAAAAGGAAAAGGAGCCAAAAUUUUUUUUCCCUCUCUUCACGAUAAUUCGGUUCCCGAACGAGCCGUGCUCGAGCGACCAGCAGGACGGUUUCACGGCCUCGGGCACCUGCUUCCUGCCAAACGAGUGUGCCGGCAACGGCGGCCUGGCGCGCGGCUCCUGCGCCCUCGGCUUCGGCGUGUGCUGCGUAUUUACGCUCUCCUGCGGAGGAACGACCGAUAAGAAUGGCACGUUCUUCGUCAACCCAGAGUACCCGAGCACCGGCACUACGGCACGGACGUGCUCCUUCAGCGUGAAUAAAAUCUCACCCGACGUCUCCCAGAUUCGGCUGGAUUUCGAGGAAUUCACGCUGGCGGGUCCGACGGAGGGCUCCUGUAACACGGACACGUUCAGUGUCAGCGGACAGAACACCAACGCGCCGGUGCCGACCCUGUGCGGCCAGAACACCGGACAGCACGUGUUUGUGGAGGUGGGUGAGCAGAGCGGCCCGCUGCAGCUGCGCGUGGUGACCGGAGCGGGCGGCUCGGAGCGCCGGUGGCGUAUCCGUGUCACGCAGCUGACCCGUCGCUCGGAGGGCGCCGCGCCACCCAACUGUCUGCAGUACCACACCGGCCAGCUGGGGAGCAUCGAGAGCUUCAACUACCCGGCCGUGGGCGACGACAGCGGGUAUCUGAAUCAGCUCAACUACAUGAUCUGCAUACGGAAAGAGUCUGGAUUCUGCAGCAUCACCUAUGGCGUCGAUCGGUUCGAUCAGUUCAGCAACGCAGAACGGUUCGAAAUCUUCAACGUCAGAAUCUCUGUGAUAAACGGUGUGACUGUGGUGCGAUCGACCGUGCCUCCCGGCCAGGCGGGCGUGGGGCCGGUCCAGUGUCCCGACGACUACCUGCUGCUCAGCGCUGACCGGCUGUGUGGAGACAGACUCAACGACGGCACCGUCAACAGCCAGCUGACGCAGAACGCUGACGUCACCGACGCCACUGGAGGUCAGUUCACGGUCAAGUUCGUCACCAACGAGUCGACCGUCGGGCGCGGAUUCAAGCUGUACUUCCGACAGAACCCGUGCAGGACACAGAGAACGUACACCGUCGCCACAGUCGCCGGGAGGUGAAGUGGCUGGAAAACGCUCGUCCCAGACAUUUGCGGACAACGCAGUGGUAGUGCCACCUGAAAAUGCGGGAAAUGUUCGGAAAAACGACGAAUUUCCUAAACUGAGGCAUAAAGAGCGGUAGUGUAAAUGUUGCUAUGACUGGAUACUGAAUGUAUACAUUGUGACGAACGAGUGUGGCCGCACCAGUGCGCAGCAGCAGCCAAAAGUCAGCACCACCCAACACCCUGCCUCCACCAAGGGUAUAAAGACACUGAAGUUUCAAAAGAGGCUGCUCAGUUGCCUCACUUGGUGUUGGAAAAUUAGGAACCAAAGGGUGAAAAUCAAAAUGCUGCUAGAAAGUGAAAUGACUGAUGCUUGUAACUAAGUUUUAUUUAUUUGACAGUGUACCUACAUGACAUGCUAUUGGUGAUAUUGUAAAAAAGCAACCAUGAUAUUGUAUGUUGAUUGUUGCAAAUACACCUAUUAGAUACUGA